AUGUUCGCCGCCUCCGCCUCUUCGCUGCAACAUGUCCGCCAGCCCGUCACCGCGGUUCUACUUCCCGGGACCGGUGCUUCAGGGGAGCAAUACAAUCCGACGGCGAAGAUUAAACCAUCUUUCCAAAAGGCGGCGGAUUGUAGAAAUUCAGCCAUUUCCCCCAAAUUCUCCUACUCUGUUCAUUGUCUGAAUCUUCCGAGGAAUUCGGUAAAGGUACGGGCGGGUAGAAGGAGGAGAAUGAUCCACGAGAAGACGGACACGUACGUGUUUCUGGAGCCAGGGGAGGAUGAAACAUUUGUUAGCGAAGAAGAGCUCAAGGAGAAAUUAAAGAGCUAUUUGGAGAACUGGCCGGCCAAGAGCUUGCCGCCGGAUCUGGCGAGGUUCGAGGCCAUUGACGAUGCUGUUUCGUUCUUGGUGGGUUCGGCAUGCGAGCUUCAGAUCGAUGGGGACGUUGGCUCACUCCAGUGGUAUCAAGUUCGUUUGGAGUGAUUGAACUGAAGGAGGUUGAAUUGAGGUUGGAGCAUGUCAUUUUUUUCCUGCGUGUGCACGUAUUUUGCAGGUAAAUUAGACGCCUGAAUACAAUUACCCUUAACAGCAAAGUUUAUCGAUAACUACUUCAUUCUAAAAAUUUUAUCGGACGUUUUGCUAACUUUAUCAAUGAUCAUUUUUGUAUCUUCGUC